CAUGACAUGCAACUGACAGGCCUGCGGUCGGUCGGUUCCUGACGUAUCUCCGUAACUUUGUAGCUCGAAGGCAACUUAUAAGGUCGUUUCUUAACCAAAAAACUCGCGUCCGAUGCACAUAAAUCCGUCUGCCUUAAACCUAUGACCCAACACGAGCAGCAUGAGUUCAGGGAAAGUUUGGAGGAAGCCCUGUCCUGGAUGCAGGCCAUCCAGGAGAAGCUUAAGCAAAAUGAUAACACCCAGGGUCCCAGAACAGCACUGGAGGCCAGACUCAGAGAGACGGAGAAAAUCCAUAGCUCAGAGACUGAAGGCCAUGUGAAGAUGGACAGGGUGCUGGUGGCGUCUGAAGCUCUGCUCCGAAAUGGAGACGAAGAGAUGAAGAAUCAGACUCAUUCCAAACUGAAGGAUCUGAAAGCGCUGUGGGAUGAGACAUUAACCUACAUAAUUCACUGCCACAGUCGCAUCGAAUGGGUUUGGCUUCAUUGGAGUGAAUACCUGAAGGCUCAUGAGGAGUUUGGGAUGUGGCUGGAGAAGAUGCACCGGUCUCUGGAGCCACAGCUUGAGCUGCAGCUGGGUCCGCAGGAGAAGCUGUGGCAGGUUGACCAUCUGCGAGUCCUGCACAGUGACAUUCAGGCCCAGGGUCAGUUUCUGGAGAGGCUUCUGGAUGAGGCUGCAGCGCUUUUCAACCGCACUCAAGAUCCCAGUGUUGAUGAGCAGGCUCAACAAGGCCUUCAAGAUGCCUACAACCAUAUUCAAAACAUAGCACAGGAAAGGUUGGCAUUGGCAGAGAAAAGAGCAGAAGAGCACCAGCAGUACAAAAGUUGUGUUCAUAAAUUCCAAACCUGGCUUGUGUCUAGAACAGAAGAAGUCAGUCGGUUUCGCGACAUGGAGGAUACCACGCAAAAUAGACUCAAAGCCCUGCAGGAAAUGGAUGCCAAUAUAGCCAAAGAAGAGCUCACACUCCAGCACAUUGUAGGAUUGUGUGAGGCGGUGAAGACCAACACAUCUCCAGCGGGAGCAGAGAGGAUCACAGAGGAGAUGGAGGAGUUGAGGUUGGCCUGGCAGAGGUUACGUCUGGCGCUAGCUGAGGUUCAUGAAGAGCUCCAGAGCUCACUGGACUCCGAGAGCGAGUAUUCAAACGGCUGUAAGGAGCUGAGGGUGGACCUCGCGAAGCUCAGAACCCAGGUCCAGAACCUCAGUGUUGAGCUGGAGAGCAGGGAUAGAGAGAGGACAGAGGAUCACCUGGUUGCUCAAUGGAAGACUCGCACGGGUGUGCGUAACAAGCUCGUCGCAGAGGAGCCUAAUGUGGAGCAGUUGAAAUCUCGGUUAAAAGAGCUUUUCAGAUUCCCACAGGACUCCAGAGCGCUGUCUGAUGAGAUGCUCGCUGUGGUAAAGGAGUACCAGAGUGUGAAAGGCAGAUCGUUCAGGUUGUCCUCAGAGAGUGAAUCGACGCUGCGACAGAUACUGCAGGACCCUUUGCUCAGGUUCAGCCAGUGGAGUCAAGCGGUUUCGCAGGUCCUGGAAGCUUCUGCCGACGUGACUGAGUUCUCCCAUAUCGCUCUGCUUGUACAGAAUAUCGAGAAGUUACUCAAGACCAGCUUGCAGCUGCAGGAGCGUUUGACUUUGCUUCAGGUGAAGAGCGAUCUUCUCAGCUCUGUUUUUGGGCAGGAGAAAGCCGAUGAUCUGUUAAAGGAGCUUAGCGGAGAUAUGAGGAAGAGAGAAUCGCUCCACAGUCAGCUCCAGGAACGCAAGAGUCGUCUACAGGGAUUUAUAUCAAAGACAAAGGACUUUUCUGAGGCUUAUGACUCCAUACACAAAAAGCUGAGCUUCAUAAAGGAGAGGUUCUAUGCAGCGAAUGGCCUCCAACCUGAUAUUCUAGCAAAGAAGAGUCAGGCGGACCAGCUCAGGGUCAUUAGGAAAGAUUUGGAGGAUUGCGAGGCCCAUAUUUUGGCCCUUGAGACGCUGGUGUCAUCCAACCCAACAAACGCCACCAAGUUUGAGGGUCUAUAUGCAGACUGGAAGUUGCUAUACAAUGCAGUUCGGAUUAAGGUGAAUGAAAGUGAGGAGCACAUAGUGGACCAUGAACUUUUCCAUGACAAUAUCCUGAAUUUGGAGAAGUGGUUAAUGAUCAUGAGACAGAAGCUGGAAUCGUUCCGUGGGGGAAAUGGAGAAUGGGGCAUCGAUAACCGGCAACAGGAGGCGGAGAGGGCGCUAGGGGAGUUUACAGAAAAUGAGCUUCAGCUGCACCAGAUGGAGGCUCAGGGUCACAAUGUGCUGGCCAAGACCUCCGAUGAGGGCAAAGUUCACAUUCGACAAGACCUUAAUCGCCUCCGAGAAUCCUGGGUGUCCCUCCACACGCUUAGUCUCAAUCUUUACAGACUUCUGAAUGGACAAGACUCCCUGUCACACAGAACCGAGUGUCUGGAUAGAUGGGCGGAUGGGCGUCACGAGGGCUCAGGAUCUGGAGCAGCAUCCGGCUUUGAAGGUGGACAUCUAGCCACAGGUGAUGAGGGAACAGGUCAACGUCGACAUCACAAGCUCGAUUCACAGUUCCACCUGCAAUCAGAAUCAACAGAUUACCCAAAGACCAUCGAAGCGACUCAAAAUCAAUUUCUAGUUGUGUCCCCCGAGGGCAUCGAAAGACCAGGACGUCCACAGAUCUGGAGACGAGAGAUGAGUUACCAUGAGAGGACCCUGGAUGAUGAGGUGGAUGCAGUCACUUCUGGAGGUGAUGGUAGAGCAAACAGAAAACAGAUUGAGGCGGCGGAUACGGACAGAAGUAACUUGCUUGGGAAGAGUGAGAGCAGGAGUGCUGAUAGGACUGGAGAAUGGGUUGAGGAGCAUAUCGCAGGAGCCCAUACUGAUGAUGCAAAAAGAAGAUUGUGGCCAUCUCAAAUUCCACCUGAUGAAAUCACUGUGGCUUACAGCUCAGUUGGUGACACUCAGAUUGGCUUUCAGGGGCCUCGGCAGCAUGUCGACACAGGGAUGCUGAGGAGAGAGUUUGAAGCAUAUCUUCUCAAAGAAAAUGACAAGCUCACAAAAAUUCUGAACAGCCAAAGCGCCUCGAGUGCCAAAGAACUGACCACGAGACAGGAUACACUCAAGGGUUUGCGUGCUGGUGUGUCCUGGGGUCAAAGUCAAUUCCAGAAGCUAAUGGAGAAUAAGUCACCUGAUGAAGAUGUGGAGGAUCUGCGAUAUCGUUGGAUGUUAUACAAGUCCAAACUGAAAGAGGCUGGUGACCUCAGAGCUCUGAAGAAAAACAAGGGUGCAAGUGCACAAGGACAGGGGCUUGUUCGUGCUGGAAAGAAGAACAGCAGCCCCGGGUUCCUGUACCGCGUGUGUCGCGUGGCUCUUCCUCUUCAGCUCCUGCUAUUGGCCCUGCUGCUGUUGGCCUUUCUUCUACCCAUGAUGGAUGAGGGCAAAAGCUGCUCGCUGUGUAACAACUUCGCCCGCUCAUUCAACAUCAUGCUCCGCUACGACGGACCACCACCCACUUAAAGAUGAACGUAACACUUCUGGCAUAUGCUCAAAAACAUAGCUUUUUGCAAAGACGGCAAUCUGUGGUUGUUUAUGUAACAUGUACUUACCGCAUAUUUUCUAUAUUGUGUUUUAUGUCUUUUAUUUUUGGUUCUUGGAUGGAUUUGGUCCACAGUAUACCUACUGGUGGACCCAGCAGAUCAGAAACCAUGUGUGUGUGUGUGUGUUUGUGAAAAUGUGAGUGGGUGGAUGGCAUAGACGCUCACAACCUGCUCUGUGUGAUUCAAGCUGUUCCUUCUCUACAUGCAUUUGGAGAAACCAAUGCAUUUACAAAGAGAAAAGAAGUCCCUUAAAGAUGUCUCUACUCAGGAGUUAUGUCACAUCCCUUACGUUUUUAUGCACCUUUUAUGUUUUAUUUCUAGUCAUUUACCUGUGGUAUGUCUUACAUAUUUAACCGGAACUGUGCAUGUUUUUUUUACCAUGUUAUGUUUAAUUAAUCUGCUAUUUUACUCAGGCAUGUAGACAGCGAAAUCUGCUGUAUUAUAGGAUAUAUCGCUGUGUUCCGUAUAAUAAUUCAGAUGUCAUUGGGACUACCGUGUCAACGUUCAGUUAAACUCCAAAACGUUCUUCAGACUUUGCCACUAUAUGGUACAGAUUUAGAAGAGAAAGCGGUCUUUAAAAAUGAACAAAGACGGUCCCUGUCUGUCUUCAACAGAAAAACAAAUCACCCCAUAGUUAAGGCGCUACGACAUGCAUGUCUCAGAAUAGACGGUGUGUUCAUAAGAUGGUUUUUGGAUAUCGGGGUUGUGUAAUCUUUUUGUUGACUUAAUUUGGCAUUGGCUGGCUUCUGACGGUUGUCAUGCCUUAUUUGAAGGGAAAUGUCCUUUUUUGAACAGAAUUUUGGAACUCUGUGACCUUCCUGGUCUGUUUUGUUUCUCUCAGACGGAAGUUAUUCUCAGAUGGGGGCUCAUUUGUUUGAGAGGUUGUUGUUCGUAGAAUGAAUCUCUUGAUUUUUAUUUGUCCAGCACAAUUGAGGUUUUAGUGGACAAGGCUCUGACUAUCCUGUAUUUCAAAGUGCUAUGUUUAAGACAUAAGACACAUUGCUUAGGAGAAUCGGAGACAACUUGCAUGGCUUUUAUGCUUUUGAGUAGUAUUACAUAUACUGUACGCACAUUGUAUUCUGUACUGCUUUUAUCCUGUAGCAAAUAUCUUAUUCAGAACUGCAUAUCUUAACUUGCUCUUAAAAUGGUAAUAUUUACGUUAAUAUUUGAUGCACUAUUUAUUGUUAAAUCCAUAAUAGUGCAUGCGCAGAGAUAGACUUCAGAAAAUAUGCUGCAAAACUGUAAUGUUGAAUUUAUUGCACUGAUUUGUUUCAAUUUAAACUCUUUCUCAAUGCAAACCCUUUACUGAACUAUACCGAUGUUAUCCACAAUACUGUUGUUGAAGGCUGAAAAUGCUGCAAAGUUAAGCUAUAUAAAAUUUGGUUAAAUGGUUUGGCUGUGUUUUAGGAUCAACUAAUGGUCAUUGAACGGAUGCUAAAAUAUCUGAUUUAUAGCACUGUGUGCAUGAGAAAGAUUUUCAUUGGAGAACUUUGAUUUAAAAAAGAAUACUGGAAAGAUUCUUCUUUUUUUGUUUAAGUUGACUGCGAGAUGCAAGCAUGUAGAAAUUCUAGUUUCAAAUGCAUGAAGCGUUAUCGUAAGACAAUAUAUUAACAAAGCCUAAACAUUUAUUUUAUUACAUAUUUUGGAUGAGACCUAUAAUGCAUCUUUAAACUGUUAUAUAUAAAACGUAUUACCAGUAUUUUUGUAUUUUACCCCAGGCAAUAAACAUGCUGUG